AUGGGCGAAGCAAAUCUGUCUUUUCCUUACGACUUUAAGGAAUUGGAACCUGAAGAGAAAACGAAGUUACUUAAAGCUUACAAAACAUCAGAACCUGAUCACAAAUUUGACUUUGUAAGCAUUGGUCCGAAGAAGUAUAAACAGUUACGAACUUACUGCCAAGAUGCUGCAAACAUUUACAAUAUGCCAGUGAGAAGCAGUGACAUAUUUGUGAUUUCACAUCAACGUUCAGGUACAACAAUGACUCAAGAAAUAGUUUGGCUAUUGGACAACAACUUUGAUUAUGCAGAAGCGAAAGCUAAAGCCCUCCAUGAAAGGUUCCCCUUUCUUGAAUUCUUUACAUACUUUGACCAAAAAUGGGAAGAAGAUUUUUUACAAAGUACAGACGACAAAAGAAAAGCUCUUGAGUUAAUAGAAAGUAUAGCAAGGCCUAUAACAGGGAAACUGCUGACGUUACCUUCACCUCGAUACAUCAAGACUCAUAUACCGCUGUCACUGUUACCACCUGGGUUGCUCGACACUGCCAAAGUAGUAUAUGUAGCGAGAGAUCCUAGAGAUGUCGCAGUCUCCUCUUACCAUCUCUAUCGCCUAUAUAAAGUUAUGAAUUUCCCUGGAACAUUCAAGGAGUUUUGGGGAUUAUUUGUUCAAGAUUUAGUGAACCGGACACCUAUCUUCGAACACAUGAAAGAGGCUUGGAAUCUUAGACAUCACAAGAACAUGCUUUUUUUAUUCUUCGAAGAACUCGUAAAAGAUUUGCCAGCCUCAAUACAACGAAUCGCUGAUUUUCUUGGCAAAGAAGUAUCAAUAGAACAAAUGAACAAACUCUGUGACCAUCUCAGCAUUGAAAACUUUAGUAAAAACGAGGCCGUAAACUAUCACAGUUUAAGAGAAUUGGGCUUGCUUGCGUCGGACGAACAGUUUGUUAGAAAAGGUAAAUCAGGAGGUUGGCGAGAAUAUUUUGAUAAAGAGAUGGAGCAGCAAGCUGAACAGUGGAUAGCAGCCAACCUGCGAGAUACUGAUCUGCGCUUCGCACAAUAG